CCACUCACCACGCGCUUGUCACUCCCUCACUCCAGCCGGUUCCUUUCCCUUCCCAUUCCUCUACACUCGCCGGCCUCGUCCUCACCUCUCGUCGCGCCCGCGCCUCCUCCUCCACCGCCCCGCUGACGGGAUGGCCGCCCGCUGCCCCUACUUCGCCCCCGAGGAAGGCUCCCGCGGCGUGCGCGCAGGGGAAUCCCCGGCCGCGGCGCUGCGGCGGAUCCUGGCGACGCCGGGGACGCACCAGGCGCCCUGCUGCUUCGACGCGCUCGGCGCCCGCCUCGUCGAGCGCGCUGGGUUCCCGAUCGGAUUCAUGGGCGGUUUCUGUGUUUCUGCCGCGCGACUUGGCUUGCCUGAUGUCGGGCUUAUUUCGUAUGGAGAAAUGGUAGAUCAAGGACGUCUAAUCACUGAAGCUGUAUCUAUCCCAGUGAUUGGUGAUGGAGACAAUGGUUAUGGGAACUCUAUGAACAUCAAGAGAACUAUAAAAGGGUAUAUUAAUUCUGGUUUCGCUGGAAUCAUGCUUGAAGAUCAGGUGGCGCCAAAAGCGUGCGGACAUACUGAAGGAAGGAAAGUCAUCUCAAGGGAGGAUGCGAUAAUGCACAUAAAAGCUGCUGUAGAUGCUAGGAAGGAGAGUGGCUCUGACAUUGUUAUUGUAGCAAGGACAGAUUCUCGUCAAGCUAUUUCUCUUGAUGAAGCAUUAUGGAGAGUAAAAGCUUUUGCGGAUGCUGGAGCAGAUGUUCUUUUCAUUGACGCCCUCGCUUCAGUAGAAGAGAUGAAGGCAUUCUGUGUGAUUGCACCAGAAGUUCCAAAGAUGGCAAACAUGUUAGAAGGUGGUGGUAAAACUCCCAUAUUGAGCCCUGCUGAACUAGAGGAAAUUGGAUUCAGACUUGUAGUCUAUCCUUUAUCCUUGAUUGGGGUAUCAAUGCGUGCAAUGCAGGAUGCUUUAGUUGCGAUAAAAGACGGCGGUGUACCUCCACCUGGCGCGUUGCCAUCUUUUCAGGAGAUCAAGGAUACUCUAGGGUUCAACCACUAUUACAAAGAAGAAAAGCAAUACCAAGUGUGAAGGAACCAGCCAAGGAGGUGUGAGCUCCAGAGCAGCAAAGCAACAAAAAUCUGCCGUAGCUUGAUUUUGUGGAUUCUGCUGGAUAUAAGUACCGCCUGGCAUGUUGUAACCAUAGCUGCAUAGCGCAGUCUGAAGAACGUAUAUCUGGAUACUGGUAGUCUUUUCUUCUGUUCUUUUUUCGUUUGCUACCCUGUUGUGGCUUUAAUAAUCCUGACUUUAUGAUUUCAAUUUCAA